UCUAUCAAAUUGAAUGCACCCAAGCUAGAAAAAGGAGAAAUCAUUGAUUUUUCACAAUACAGUAUGGCAUCCAGUUACACUGCCAUGUAUCUUCAAAUGAAACUGAGGGAUCCCAGGAGAAAUCUACGCCGAUCUUCAGGAGAUCAACAACUAUCCAUGGAAGACUGUGUGCCUGGCAGAGGAAAAUGGGUGAAAAAGAAGUAUGUGCCUUUAGUAAAAGGCAUGAGCCAUGAGCCAAAGUCAUCGUCACUCAGCAUGAUCUCGGCAACACAGAGGACAACAGCAACUGUGAACCCCCUAACUCCUUCCUCUCUGAACGGACCAGCUGUUACAAAUGGGAGUCAUUCAUCUCAUGGGACCCCAAGUGCUCGAGGAGUUCAUACAGCCAGCUUUGCUGCAGCCCUGAGAAAACUGGCCAAACAAGCAGAAGACCCAAGAGGCUCUUCCCGUGGUAAUGAACAUUCCCCUAUAUCAUCGCCCGUUGCCAAUCACAGUUCUCCUACUGGCACGCCCAAACGGGCUCCAGGAACAAUAAUAAUUCCACAGGGAACCCAGACUCCAGCAAAUACUCCACCUGUAGUUACGAUUGCUCCAACACAGACAGUCAAUGGACUUUGGAGAGGAGACAACAGACAGUCCUCAGACAGCACCCUGAGAUCCAGAAAUCAUGAGCACCCACUUUCCACAGAAUCUUUGCUGAAAAAGGACAAUGUAUCAGUGUCCACACAUCUCGCUUCCUCGCACCCAGCUUUCUAUCUAUCUGGUCACUCCAUCCAAGGGUCACCAUAUUCAACAAUUAAUUUACAGAGACCGGUUCCACACUUAGUAUCUUCCAGCAGCCGAUCAGAUGAUUUCCUUGCAGGCUUCCGUCCAUAUCAUGGACGAGAUGAAAUUCGAUCAUUGUCUUCUCUGCCUUCACUUGGAUUGGAUUCUGCAACAGCUGCUGCAUCUGCAGCUUACUACCAUCCUGCCUUCCUAUCACAUCUUCCUUAUCAGCAUCCACCCUACAGGAUCGAUGACCCUUACGUCCUUUCACUUCAAGCACCAUUCCUUCACAUUCCACAGCCUGGUACCUUAGCACCUCUUCAACCAACUGAUAUGCACCUCUCCCUCACUGGUAUGAGACAGCCUCUGAGCUUAGCUCAGCCUUCAGGCUUACAUCCAGAUCAUUUGUCCAUCAUCACAGCAGGAAGGUUGCAAAUGGAGGAUGAGGUGAGACUACGAGAGAAAGAGCGUGAACACGAGAAGGAAAAGGAUUGGGAAAGGAGGACACCUCAAGAAAGAGAGCCAGAUGUGAUCACAGAACAAGGCAGAAAAAGAGAAAAACAGCAAAUAGUGGACUGGGAAAAAGAGAUUAAACGAAGGAAAGAAAUGAAGCAAGAGAAAGACCUUGAGAUUGAAUACGGGACAGAGAAAAAUACAAGUUCAACUGGUGAGGCAGCAAGGAAACGUCUGGAAGGAUGGAAGGAUUUCAUUUCUGCAAUGGAACACAUCCAACCUGUUCAAAGAAAUGAUGAACAUAUAAGCCCAUGGCGUAUUAUCCCAUCGACUCCACCAGAGAAAGCCAAAGCACCCUCUCUGGGAAGUGGAAAAGCUCGAACUUUGCCUCUAGAACCUAUUGCCGUGCCUGCUUCCUCUUCUCUUCUUGGGGUCUCCUCGAACAUUUCUUCACAUUUCUCAUCCUCAGAGGGGAAGUGUGGGCUGCGUCAUAGCCCUCAGCAACAGGGAAGGGAGGAACGACCAGGACAUGGAGUUGACUUCCAUCAGCACCACCUCCAGCAACUUCAAAGCGAACAAGGGCGUCAGGUUUCCAAGCAGGAACGAGACAGAAGCAGAACAAUCUCAGAAGAUGGAAACCAGGAUCGGCCACAACAAUUAAGAGCUCCUCCUCCUCUCAUCUCUCCACACCGCUCUUUGAGAGAGACCUCCCCUCUGCCAAGACCCUUUCUAUCUCCUCAUGCACUUCAACCAGCUCAAGCACUUAACUACAGCACUAACUACUCUAGAAUCAACAAUGAUGCACUGAAAGACCCAGAAAAAUCUCUGAAUGAUAAUCUGAAAAAUGAUGCUUUCAAAAAGAUCACUGGAGAGCACUUUAGCCCAGAAUUUACUAAAUCUUGCACUGGUAAAGAUGUGAGUGUAAUUAAAAAAUCUGGAAUGCCAAGUCUAAAAACUGACACAGUGCCACAUUUGAAGGGCCAGAUUUCUAGUCAUCAAUGCACGAAUGAUUUCAGCAAUGACUUCAAACACCAAAUUGCAAAUAGCCACCUUGAAGAGAUACAAAAACAAUGCUUGGAUUUAUCUACCACCUCGGGAGCAACUGAUCUGAGUUUGAAAAGCAGAAAGAGUUCUCCUGCACCUAGUACAUCUGUGCUUUGUAGCAAUUCUGUCACUGCCAACUGCACAGACAAUCAAGAGUUUCAACUCCAGCAACCUAUUGUCAGCAAGUUAGAUCUAGCAGAAAAGAAAUUGAAGGAAGCCAGAUUGAAUGGACAACACUCUGAGCCCUGUUGUUUAAAUGUCACAUUCUGCAAAGGAGAGAUAAGGAACAGGAUACGCAGAUUGGCAGAGCAACCUCCUCUUAAGCUGGAUGACACUCCUAGGAAAAUGUUAUUCCUAGGAGCUGUGGGUCUGACCACUCAGAGCAAGAAAGAAGAAGUCAAACAGCAGAAGAUGAGGAAGCGGCGCAGGAUGCUGCGAGAACGCAGCCCGUCCCCACUCUGUUCCGAGAAGAAACGGCUUUCUCCUCUUCGUCCUCCUCCGUUUUGGUCGAUCAGCCACUCUCCAGAGGAACUGAACACGGCAGCUGACUUUGAGGAAAAGAAACAGUUUCUUGCACUCUUCAACUUAAAGCAUUUGACUGCAGCGCAGAGAAAAGAUAUUGAAGAGACUUUGUUGAAGCUCCUAAGUAAAAGUGGGAAAAAAAGCACUCCUGAACUAGAUCCGCAGCUUUCAGACCCACCUCAAUGUGACAAGGAUCCAGCAGCAUGGUCAGAUGCUGCUGGCGUGACAGGUGGAGCUGAUGUGAGCUGCCUCUCGGAGCCUCCAACUGACAGCAAUCCAAAUGCACGCUCUCAGGAGAAUCUACCAGCUCGGCCUCAGGCAGAUCAGUGCAGACCCAGACUGACACCAGAGUCUGUGUCGAAAGAUUGUCCGGGCAGUGUAAAUGAGAACAAAUCUGACAAGCCGGGAGUGCCAGAGCUUUGUAGCGCUCCCAGUGGCCAGGGCAAACCAGCUGGGAUGCUAACGGACAGGAAUGGAAAAAUCAAACUGCUGGAUGAGAUCUUGCAGAAUUACCACGGAUCCGUGUUCCAGAACAGUAAGAGCCGGGCUUCAGACCAGUCCAAAGUGGGUGAUCAGGAGGAUGCUGUGCAUUACAGCUCACCAGCUCAGAGGUCAUCGUUGUGUGAUGUACCACAACAGGAAGUGCUGGAGAGUGUGGAUCAGAACAGAGAGGUUAACCAACAGCCGGAGGAACCGGACAGCCAGGAUGAAAUGGAACAGCAGCUAAAAUGGCAGGGAGUGACAGGUGUCCUUCAAGCCUAUCAAGAAUAUAUCGAAGAGAAAAAUGUGGAACGACAAGUCCUCCAAGAGCAGCUGAAUCAUCUCAAGGAAAGAAAUCAUGAAUUAAACUUGACAGCAGAGCACCUUAGUGCACACAUGUUGGAGCUGAGAAUGUGUAAACAGAGGUAUGAAAUGGAACGCCAGCACCACCAAGCUGCCCUUCGCAAUCUGCGUAAGUGCCUUGACCUGACCCAUUGCCUGCGUGAAUCAUCACACAGAUGAAUUGAGGAACUUCAUGUGCUUGGAUAAGGACAAAACCACAGGGAGGAAAAACGUGCCCUGGUUAAGAGACUAGUUGUUCCUUCCAAGCUGAUUGUCUAGUUUCCACUUAUGUCGUUAUUGUUUGCUUCAAGAGUCAUCAGGAUACAGUGUGGAAUUUCUGAAUGGACUCUCGAAACCAAACUGCUCGACUGACAGGAGUCUCCCAUUGCCAAACAGCUCAGCUUGCAUAGUUACCCUCCAUUGUCUAUCUGGACCAAAUGCUACAUUGAGGACUUACAAUGCAAAGCUGGAUGCUAACACUUUGAGGAUCCUCAACUUACGGUAAAUAAUGCAGAAAAGGCCACAUUGAAGAAGUGAAUGUGUAAUCAAAGUGCUUUCCUGCAUUUAACAGAAAACAUGUUUUGGUUUCUGAUUAUAAUUUGUACAUUAGCUGGAGAAAGCAGUUAUUUAGAAAUUUGAAGCAGAAGGGGAAUGUAAUUGCGAAGGCCUGCUAUAUAAAUUAACACACACAGUUUUCAGCAAAUGGAGAGGCUGAUUAUUAACUAUUCAUUUAUUUUGUUUGGGCCGAAUAAAUUUUAAGAGUAAGUCUGAAUAUCAUCAAUGUGUCAUACGCACUUAAAGCAUUCUUAUCAAAUUCCUUGCAAUUAAUUAACAGAAGCAGUAGGCUGUUUCAAGUUAAUGCCUCUAUUAAAAUGAUGGUGUGGGAGAGUUUGAUGUGGGUGCAUUCAGAACUUUCUUUCUAUGCUCUACUUUUUUAAAAAUAUCAAACAUUGCCUAAUGUUUGGAUCGAUAUAGUGUCGAUGCCUAUAUAUAUUCACAAUGAAUUUUUUUUUUCGCUUUGUAUAUUACAGUCCAGCAUUAUUCACUGAGUAUAAAGUUAAUUGUAUAUUUUGAAGUUCCACAACGGGUUAGAUUUUAAUUCAGUGUUUGGUGAUCAGAAGGCACAGACUUGCAUUGAAUUAAAUAGAUUAAUGCAGUGAUAAGGACAGGAUUUUGUAAAAGAAUAGAUCUAUUAUUUUACUUUGUUGCUUAACUAAUGUAAAUGCUGAGCAAAGAAAACUACCUUUUAUUACGCAGCAUCACUUCUAAUAUUAGAAAUUACUUGAAGUGCAUUUUCUAUUUUUUUGUAAUGAAGUGAAUGAAAGCAGAUUUCGUGUUAUCACACAGAGGUACGUAAAACUGACCUCACUUUGAGGAAGAAUAGGGAUCAUAAAAUGUCUUUAUUCCCAAGCAUUAAGAUAUUUUUAACAGAAUAUACUAUGUGAGAUUUUUCAGUUGCCUCUAAAGGCAAAAGCUCAAGUAAAUGGAAUUAGCAUAACAUUGUUUAAAAUAAAGAUUAUUAAUUGAAUAACAUGGAAUAUGAGUAUCAAGGGAUUUGUUAUACGCAAUCCAAUGCAUUUUGUGCUAUGUAGUUUUUUUUAAGAGAAAGGCCUUUGCGCAAUUAAAUUUUUGCCGCAGAUAAGAAUUUAAUAGCAGUUCUUUAAAAAGAUGACAUUAAACAGUCUUAAGAUGUAGUCCCUCUAUUAAAUUAUUAGUGGAAUAAUUUGGUAUUAUAACUGCUUACCUAAAGGACCCUCAAAUAAGUUGGCUUUCUUUCAUUCAGUUAUUUUUAAAGCAUUAGCCAGCUGAACAAUACAGCUGUCAGAUCCAGAAGAUGAGGUUAGUCAGUGAGUUCUUUAACAAAACUUAGCCAUUACCAUUAGUAACAAUUUUCAAAUUGUAACAGGUAUUUAUUAUUUGAUGUCAUGAUUUUUAAGUAUUUAUUCAUUACGU